AUGAGUGACUUACCCCUCGACCUCCCCAGGCCUGAGGACGACGGGUCGUGCGACCACCUUACGGGUUUCAAUCUGCCAAGCGUUCCACUUCCCUCGGCGAAAAACGACUCUAAGGAGGUCGACCUGUCACAAGUGGAUAGAUUGACAAUUGUCUUUAUUUAUCCACGAACUGCAGAACCAGGGGAAGAAGUUCCUCCCGAGUGGAACAGUAUCCCAGGUGCCAGAGGCUGCACGCCACAGGCCUGCUCGUACCGAGACAACUUUGAGGCGCUGAAAGGCCUUGGGGUAGCUCAGGUCUUUGGCGUGUCUGCUCAGAGUUCAGAAGCCCAGAAAGAGCUUCGAGAGAGGGUCCAUUUGCCUUAUGAUCUCUUGAGCGACGCCAAUUUGAAGUUCGCGACCGCUGCAAGACUCCCUACCUUUGAUUGGAAACAGCGAAAGCUGAUCAAGCGGGUCACCCUGGCUGUUGAGGGUGGUAAGAUUAUUAGACACUGGUAUCCCGUGUUUCCCCCGGAUCAAAACGUCAUAGAAGUCCUGAAGUGGUUGAAAGAAUACGAAGGCAAGCGGUCAUCUUCGGGCUGA